AUGCUUGAGAAAGAAGCACAGGGGUUAAGGAAUCAGGUCUCCUCCCUGACCAGUGCUCUGGAGGAGGACAGGACUACUCUGGUGGAGACUCAGAGGACAGUGCAGACACUGGAGCUGAAGAAAGAAGUCUGCUCUGUGACAUCUGCUCUGGAGGAGCAGAGGAACAUCAUCACAGAGGGUCAGGAUCACAUGGACGUGUUGGAGAAGGAGACGCUGCAGCUGCUGUCUGCAGUGACAGAGCUCAGCCUCAGGGUGGCGCAGCAGGAGCAGACCAUCCAGGAGCAGAUGGACAUGUCCACAACUCAACAGCAGGAGCUCCAAACUGCUGUAGCUCAAGCAGAGACUCUGUCAGGCAUGUUGCAGGUGGAGGAGCAGAGAAGGACACUGCUGGAACAGAAGAUAGAAGAGCUUUGUAUCAUUCAGACCUCCUCACAGAAGAUCAGCUCCACUCUGAGGCAGGAAAGCAAGUUUCUAAAAGAAACCAUGAUCAUGAUGGAGCAGUGGCAGCAGGAGAAGAUGCUUCAAAAGAAGAACAACAGAAUAGGAUGGUUCUUAUGUGGCUCUCAAGGAGCUUCCAGUCACUAA